UACACACGGUCGGAUCUCCCCUUAACAGAAGAGACAGUGUCUUCGGUUUAUAGCAAUGGGACUCAAGAAAAUGUGAAGACGUUGAUGUCGGGACAUGUCCACUGGAGGUAGCUGUCGUAGCCGUGCCGAUAGAUUAGCUUAGCGUGUAUGCCACAGAAAGCUGGAGUAGGGAUUGUGUUUCUCGCUGAGCAGUGCUGCAGGGUUGAACAACCCUUCCUCAGACAUACGCCUAUUGUAGAAUAUCCAUCUCCCACACAACGUACCAGAAAAGUAAGGUGUAAAUUAAGAGCUGAAAGGCAAUCUCUUUAAGACGGUCAUACAACAAGGAGCUACCUGCAAGAAGAAGACACACUGCCUUAAAAACUGGAAAAGAGGUCCCUUUUAGAAAGAGAAAGAAAACACCUCAUUUGUUGGCAAUCCACAGCACCUGUCCACCUAAUCUCAACCAGAUAGUUUCCUGUCCAUCUUGGGUGUCAUCACGUAAAACCAAAGAGAAGACAUAACACUGAUCUGUCUGGAGUGGUCAUCCUAACUUCCGAUGCAGCACGGCAUAAUGGAGUGACGAGCGAGAAGGCACACAAGGCUCAGUAUCCCAUCGCGUUCUGUCGUCAUCUCACAAUCAUCCAACCAGAGUGCAGGAUUGCAGUUGAUCUUGUGGUUUAAUUUCUCUUGAGGCAUAGACAGCACACAAGACUUCCCAGCAACCCUGCCAUCAAUACAACGUCAAGUGUUUGGGAACUGUCUAAUCAACUCUUCGUGAGUUUUGCUGCUGUGCAAAGGGGAGGGUUGGACGUGUUUAAGAGGCCAUCUGUCGCCGAGCUGUAAGUAGGUCUCCAGCUUUGUUCCUUGGCUUUAGGGGUGUUACAUAUCAUAAGACGUUCGUUUGACGCAGGAGAAAACCACCAACAAACAAAAACAUCGAUACAGGCGCUUCGCAAAUCAUCAAUACUUACGUGAGAAUUCUUUUUUUCUGCGACACACACAGACCUAAAAGAUGGAUUCAACAUCUCUAUUGCUAUUGACGGGGAGCUGAAACGGAUUAAACUGGUGAUUGCAUGCUAGCCUCAUUUUUACUGUGUGUGUUCAUUGCGUUCCUUGUUCAAAACACCUGCCUUUUGUCGCUGGCUAGGUUAUUAACGUGGAAUCAAACCGGUAACCCAGCCAAUUCGCACCACUGGCAUCAACUACUAAAAAUACCCUAUCUUGUAAAUCUGUGGGAGGAAGAUACUGUUUCACGGCUGAGCCUUCCUCUGGCGAAGGGAGACUAUAAAUGAAAAGCUUUUGACAUUGACAGUAAAAAAGUUUCCCGAAUUUGAUGGGAAUCACUCUGACAAAUUGAGCCUCGGAGGCAUUCCAGUAGAUGGGAUAUUUAUCUGUGUGUGUUGUUGUCUCACUCUGCUCCUUUCUUCGUGUGUUUAUUGAGGAGAUGAGGAGUGGAGAUUGGUUGUACUGAUGGGGGAGAGUGUGCUACGGUGCUUAACCUGAAAUCAAGGAGAGUCGGUCGUGGAUCUUGACAUCUUUAGAUUUUCUGCGUGCACAAAUUCUGGCAUGUGUUCAGUUCAAUUGCUGCGAUCGAUUUCGGUGUAGACUUUAGAAUAUUACAGCAGCUAGAGGAAUACAUUAUCGAACGGUUUGUUUGUUUAUUGGACCCGGGCAAAAAUACUCCAUCAAUCAUGGUUUUCGCUGAGUCUGAGCCACUUUACCCAGUGAGUAGCACUGAGAACUUCACCGCCGUCGAUUACGGCAACAACCAGUCCACGGAGGAAGCGGACCGGGGCUUUCGCGGCUUCGGCAACGGGGCCGACGCUCCGUUCGACCCGAACGUCUACCACUACACGAGCGAAGAGUUCCAGGACCACGUGAAAGGUAUCCUGGUGUACCCUCACAUCCACGUUGCCGCCAAGGUGCUCCUCUUCACGAGCUACGCUCUCAUGAUGGGAGUAUGCAGCGUGGGGAACCUUCUCCUCUGUUACGUCAUUUACCGCUUCAGACGCAUGCGCACCACUACCAACUUGCUCAUCGGAAACCUGGCACUGUCUGACUUCCUGGUGGCCGUCAUCUGUGCACCUUUAAGCUUUUACCAGUACAUGUAUCAGCACUGGCCGUUCGGGAAGGCGUUGUGCAUUAUAACCAACUACCUGAAGUUUACAUCGCUGUACGUAUCGACCAACUCACUCUUGGCAAUCGCUGUAGACAGGUAUGUGAUUAUAAUGCACCCGCUGAAGCCUCGUAUGACCAAAUGCACAGCAAGCAUCGUGCUAGUCUGCAUAUGGAUCGUCUCCAUGAUAGUCGUUAUUCCGAUGGCCGUGUUCAGCACCACCCACACCAUCAGCAACGAGUGGGGCGAGACUACGGAGCGGUGCGGAGACUACUGGUACAACCUCUACUUUAUGAAAGCCUACACACUGUUCCUGGCCGUGGUGGAGUUUCUACUCCCCCUCACCAUCAUGUCGAUUGCGUACGUCAUCAUAGCCAAGAAGCUCUGGUUUCGCGAGGUGCCCGGCGGUCACGUGACCGUGCAACAGGAGCUUGCGGCCGAGUCGUCCAAACGGAAAACCAUGCGCAUGCUCAUCCUCGUGGUGGCGCUUUUCGCGAUCUGUUGGGCGCCCUUUUACGCCUAUACCAUCAUCCGUGACUUCGUGUACCCCGACUUCGCCUUGAAGAUGUUCGGGGUAUUUGAGAAUGCCUACUACAUCGUGGAAGCCCUGGCGAUGAGCAACAGUAUGUUUAACACGCUCAUCUAUAUCGUCUUCAACGCCAACUUCAGGAAAUACGUCCGGCAGAUCCCGGAGUCCUGCCGUAAAAUGAAAAAUAGUCCCCGGGGCAAUCGCUCCAAAUCCGGGCGUCGAUAUUGGUAUCCUCUGAUGUCCAACUCGCAGGGGCUUCGUAGCUCUAUCCGCUCCAGCCUGGCCCGUACUCACUCUACCAACAUUUCUCGUCUGGCGGUGCGGAGGGAGCCGUCUGUGCCCUCAAGCACGACGCCUUCGGGACGCAGCGGUUGAAAGUCCUCCGUUCAAUUGCCGAAAGGUUUUUUGCGAAAUAAAGCCUUCGUUUCUGGUGCCACUUGACAAAGAGUUUAUUUUCCAAACCGAUAGCAUAUUAAGAGGCAAAGAAACAUGUAUUUCUUACCAUAAAAAAUGUUUAAUAUUUUGUCUAUUAUAAUAAUAUUUAAAGCCAUUGGACCCUUUCGGUUCAGAAAAAAAA